AUGCACUAUGACUUCUUCUUGACAAACAUAAAGAAUCUUACCGAAAUAAAGAUGUAUGAUUUAACAGAAUAUGAAGGCUUAACGAUGUCAGAUGUAAAGAAAGGCAAACCAAAAAAGAGACCAUAUAGAGAUGAAAGCACACUGACAAAUGACCAGAAAGCCAUUUUGGAAGCUCUUAAGCAAACAGGAAACCCAGCACUUAUAGAAAGCUUUUGGAAAGAUAAUGGUGAAAAGAAGUUUUAUAAGAAGAGAAGCGGUCAGUUCUGGAAGUAUCUUUGCACAUUACCUAUAAAUCUUGAACGCUACCAAAUCUUCAAUGAACUGAACAAAAGAACUGCAACACUUAUGACAGAGGACAAUUGUUUCGUUUAUGCUUGCAUUCAGGCUGGAGUAAAUGAAGAAACUAUUGACCACAUGAGAGAAGUCAUUCGUGUUAGAGACUUUCCUCAAAGUAAAGUACAAGAAAUUUCCGAUUCAACAGGUAUAGCAUUUAAUGUUACCAUUGGUUAUUUCAAUGACUCAAGACAUAAUGAAAUAAAGAGAUAUAUACCAAAAGAAUGCGAAACUGUUAGAACUAUUGACUUACUUCUUGUUGAAGACCACUACAUGCUAAAUGAAAGAUUACCAAUGACAACAUACUUCAUUCGAAACUAUAUAGAAAUCUUGAAGGAGUGUGGUGGAAUGAACAUUGAGAAACAGAUGAAGAUUUAUACAAAGAGAGAAGAUAAAUAUGUAGUUCGUUAUGAUAGAACAACACCGCUAUGGGAUGUUAUGAAAACAUUGUGGGAGUGCAAAUAUUUCGAACCUAUUUCUUAUGGAGAACUUUUCACAUAUACUACUGACUUAUAUAAACAGAACCUUGCACCAUUUAAAGAUUUGACAUAUGCUCCAAAGUAUUGUGUACAACUGAAGAAGAAAGCAGAGUCAAAAGAAGUAAAUAAAGCUAAAUGUAAAUUCAUUCCUGAGCACGUUUUCUUUGCUGACUUUGAGUGUAGUACAGAUGGCUUUCAUAAAGCUUUUAACAUCUGUUAUGACAGUGAAGAUGGUUCAGUGAGUGAAAGCAUUUGGGGUCAAAACUGUGCAACAGAAUUUUUGGAAAGACUUCCUGACAAGAGUUUAAUAUAUUUCCACAACCUCAGUUAUGACAUAAACUUCAUCUUAAGACACAUGACAGAAGUGAAAGGAACUCCCAUCAUUAAAGGUUCACGAACAAUGCAAAUAACUGGUUUAUAUAAAGGACGGGCAAUUAUUAUAAAAGACUCUUACAGUGUUAUAAAUAAGAAGCUUAAACUAUUUCCUGCUAUGUUUAACUUACAAACAGGACCGAAAGAAGUAUUUCCAUAUAACUACUACAGCAGUGUUUUGUUAGCAAAUGACAACAGA